AUGGAAGAGCCAAACCCGUUUGCUGAUGACUUUUUAAGUGAUUACGGUUCAGCGACACCGCAAACUGAAACCGGUCCUCAGGUUCCUGUCGACUUCAACAGCUCGAAACAAAACACAACCUCGAGUGGUAAAUAUGCCGAUCUGUAUCAAAUAGAUGGCGACAGUUUGAAGCGUAGACUUAGGGCAGCGCUGUUGCUACAAAAAGUGCAACCGGAAGGGAAGUUCGAGACAGACUUGUACGCGCCUGUGUGGGUGACAAUUACUGUCGCAGUAGCGCUUUACUAUAGCCGGACUUUACCCGAGUUCUUCUUGGGACUACUUAGAGGAGACCCUCCAUCAGAAGCAAGUCAUAAGCUUACGCCGUAUUUGAUAGUACUAGCGUUGUAUAGCAUAUGCAGUCCCGUGCUUGCUCGCGUUCUGGCCAGAUACGUGUUCAAGAUCGAUAGCGAUUGGGGGGUCUUAGAGUUGAUUUGCAUCUACGGGUACUCCAUUGUGAUAUGGGUUCCGCUGGCCCUUGUGAUGAUGGUGUUGAGGCCAUUCGGAGAGAUUGCUCCCAAUCUAUUCAAGAUUCUAGCUGUUUCGAUCAUUGCCGGUGUUGGUGUCGGCCACACUGUGUUUUUCUUCUUCCGACAAUUCAAGACUGAAGGAGAGGAAGAAAAUGCCGGUUGGAAAGUACUGUGGGUUAUAUCUGUAGCAGUGGGUCUAGCGUGUUCCGUGAUUUUGACAUUGGCAUUUGGAUCUUCGAUGUCUUAG